UGGCAUUCUGAAUGUGCUCGCGGCAGUAGUUGAGCCGGAAGGGGGAGCUGCGAUUCCGUCCCCGCCUUCACCCGACACGGCGCUCACGCUACAGGACAGCCCGGGGUCUAGCACUGUCAGAGCAGGCCUACUUCCGUCAGCUCUACCGAAAACACAGUUAUUAAAAAACAAUAUUUUACAGCCAUCCGAACCGUUCAAUCAGCGUGUUCGUGUUUUUCCCAAUACGGCUCUAGUACAGGGUGGACUGACCUGUCAUGAAUGAGCCCAUUGAAGGCGGUGCGAUCUCGUUCGACGAGUAUGUGCGGCAAAAAGCACGCACCGUACCUCAGCACCGCAUGAAAGAGUUUCUGGAGUCGCUUGCUACCAAAGGCCCUGAGGUUCUGCAGGAGUUUAGUCAGCAGACCACUGGCACCACCACAACUAUGGUUUACCAGCAGGGUUCCAACUGUAUCUAUACAGACAGCACUGAGGUGGCAGGGUCAUUGCUUGAGUUAGCAUGUCCGGUGCAGGUGACAUCUACACAGAUCUCGCCACAGCUGGCUGCAGCUGUACACCAAGCAUCUGAACAGCAGAUCCAAGUACAGGUUCAGAUUCAGGGGGAACAGGGUCAAACAGUUGGCCAGGUACUUCACGUAGCCUCACCUACCCAACAGCUCCUACAAGGGGUUGCCGCAACACAGCUGGUACAGCAGGCAGAUCUUACAGAAGAACAGCAGCAGCAGAUUCAGACCCAGAUGGUUCAGCAGAUUCAGAUCCAGACGGUCGAGGCCCUGUCACCUUCUCAGCAACAGGGCUCCCCGAGAGAGGUGGACAGAAGAUCUGGGGUGUCACCUGCUGUCCUUCAGCCUGCUAAGAAGCGCAAGGUGGACUUGCCUACUGUUGUCUCCUACUCUCUGCCUCAAGGACAACAGCUCGCUACUGUACUAGCCAUCCCACAGGGUCAACAGCAAGGUUACCUGUCACUCCGACCAGACCUGCUAACCGUCGAUAGUACCCACCUGUACAGUACCACCGGUACCAUCACAGGGCCAGCGGGUGAGACAUGGACCAUCCCCGUGUACUCUGCUCCACAGCAGCAAGGCGUGGCCCACAUCGCCAUCCCUCAGGAGGCCUAUAGCACCGUGCAAGUGCAGGCCUCACAUACCGCACUGGAUAAAGACAAAGAUAAGAUGAUAGCUGGUAUAUCUCAGGCCGGGGCAGUGGCAGUCCCGAUGUCUGGCUCAGGAGUGACCACGCAGGAGGAAGUUGUACAUUCGCUGUUCCCUGCACAGUUUAUGAAUGGAAAUAUUCACAUCCCUGUAGCAGUGCAGACUGUGGGGGGUGCUUACUCAGGGACUACACAGGCCCUGCACAUAUGGGAUCCGCAGCAACACAUACAGGAUUCAGAGGCUCAGGAACAACAGCUCCACCUGCAGACAGAGGUGGAGCCACAGGUGGAACCUCCCCCUGAGCUCAUUCUGCCCAACACACUGAAGCCUGAGGAGGGGCUGGAGGUUUGGAGGCUUUGGGUUCAGCGCAAAAAUGCAGAGCUGGAUAAAAAUGAACAAAAUAAGCUGGCACCUAUUGGACGUCGGCAGCCACUGCGGUUUCAGGACGAUUUGGUGUCGAGUUCAGUGGGCGAGCUCAAUUUGGCUCUGUCCCUGAUGACCCAUGAGUCUCGGGGCCUGGAGGGGGAGCCAUUUGAACCUGACUCGCUCUAUUACGUGUUUUUAUGUAUACAGAAAUACUUGUUUGAGAACAACAGGGUAGACGACAUCUUCUCAGAUCAGUACUACGGCCGGUUUUGUCAGUGUUUACACAAAAUCCUGGAGGAGUGGAGACCCAGUAUUCAUCCUCUCGGCUACAUUAUUCCAAGUCAUGUGACUGAAGAGAUGCUGUGGGAGUGUAAGCAGCUUGGAGCUCAUUCUCCAUCCACUUUACUUACUACACUCAUGUACUUCAACACCAAGUAUUUCCACCUGACAACAGUAGAGCAGCAUAUGAAAGUGGCCUUCUCCAAAGUGCUCAGACACACCAAGAAGAACCCCACCAACCCAAAAGACAAGAGCACCAGCAUCCGAUACCUGAAAGGAGUUGGGCCCCACCAUGUUGGGCAGAAAGUCACAGAUGACAUGUAUGCAGAGCAAGCUGAGGACCCAGAGAACCCACUGCGAUGCCCUAUUAAACUCUAUGACUUUUACCUCUUUAAAUGCCCUCAGACUGCCAAAGGUCGUAAUGACACGUAUUACCUAACACCAGAGCCCGUCGUAGCACCUAACAGCCCUAUUUGGUACUCCACUCAGCCAAUCACGAGCGAGCAACUGGAGCACAUGCUCACACGUAUCAUGGUGGUGCGGGAAAUCCAGGAGAUAAUCUCCAUUGCGCAGGCCAGCGUACACUGAGAGAAGAUGGGGAAAACAAAGCAAGAUUAAAUGAGAGAAAGCCCCUUUUCCCUUUUCAUUUCUCUUCUCAAAGAGACUAAAUCAAGUUGCCUCUGCAGUGUCUCCUUAUAAUUAUUACAGAGGGAACAAAGAGGUUUUCAAUGAACUGGACACUCAAGCCUUUUUUUUUAGAUACAGAAGCCUAUUUCUAUGUUCACCUAUUGUCCAUUGAAUCGUAUUGGCACGGAUCUCCUGUUGUGUGCAUUUUCUCUCUUUGCCAUGUUACGCUCCAUCCCCCAUACUGAUGCGGUCUCUCUUGUUCGCACUUUUUUUUUUUUUUGAAUAAGACAUGAACUGAAUGGAUCUCAAGCUCAUUUAUUGAAUUGGGCUUGAAAACCAUGUGAUGGUCACUUGUACACACUUCAACAAACAUGUAACACAACCCUCGCUCACCCCCAGGAGCUUUCAGUAGCCCACAUACCUGAGGAGUGUAUAACACAUGAGGAUGUUUUGGUUCUGUUUUUAUUUUUCUAUAUAAAACCAUACAUGCAUCUAUGGUAAUCUGAUAUGUAUUGAUAUUAUAGUGGGGCUAGAGAAUUGAAGCCUGUGUUUUCAAACAUGCCUUUUUGUACAGUGAGA